AUGUCAGCCAAAACAACAAGAAAGAAUAAAGCAGACGAGGUUCGUUUUUCUGUUUCACUUUUAUUCUAAUUUCAGUAUUUCAGAAGAAUAAUGUGUUCAUCGUUGAAAAAGUAAUGGAUAAACGGUCGGGAAAAGGUGGAAGAGACGAGUUUCUCAUUCAGUGGCAGGUGAGAAUUCUGUUGCAAAGUUCGAAGAAAAGAACAUGUGGUUUCAGGGAUUCCCGGAGUCAGAGUCCAGCUGGGAACCGAGGGAAAACCUCCGAUGCGCCGAUAUGCUUGAGGCGUUCGAGAAAGAAUACGCAAAAGUUCGGGGAAUUUUUUGAUUGGUUAUUGUAUUUUUUAUCAAGUUGCAGAGGGAGAAGCCGAAUCGAAAGCGCAGAAAUGCGUCGCCAGGUUCCGACGACGACACCGAUCCGAGCGACAAAUACGCUCUGAACGGGAAACAGUUGCGAUGCAUUGUCGGGCUGACGAAAGGACCUGGAGAACUGCACUUCCUCUGCAAAUUCAGCGAUGAUUCGGCACGUCUUCUGCCGGCGAAGGAAGUGAACAGCCGGUGAGUUGAUGGGUGGUGUGGGGGCGAAUCAAGCGAGAGAUGCAUUUCAGCUACCCGACACAAGUAAUCAAGUACUACGAGUCCAAACUUACCAUCGAAGAUUCCAAAUCUGAUGAUUUUUAG